GAGAGUCAUGCAUUCGGCAGAGAAGAACGCCAUUGACCAUCUAGAUACGUUCAAUGGCCCUGUUUCUCAGGCUAUAUUGCGUUGCUUUUUGAUUCAAGAUAGUGAUCUCCCUUGCAGCACAAGCGCGUUUGAAGUGUGAGUGGUCGAUGGUAAACCCCCUGUACUCUUACCGUAAUAUGAUAUACAGAUAGCGAAUCAUCUAGUCGAGCUGCCGCCAGGAUGUCCUCAGCGCCCUCAUCGUCAUCGUCAUCGUCAUCAUCAGCACCAAGCUUCAAGAAGCGGAAGCGAUCGACCACGGAUGGAGACUUGACGUCGACCACGACCACGACCAGCACAGAGCCCGAUCUGAGCAACCAAAAAGAGCCCAUUGCCGCGAUGAAUCGGUCACAAUUCUGGAAGCUCAGAAGCGGCAGAACUGUUGAAGAGAUCCUCCACAAUGCAAACCUGAAGCGAAAGGCCAAUUUCAAAAUGCGUUCAUAUACGAUUGGCUUUGGCUGUGAGAGGACGAAGGCGCUCUUUACCAAGGAUGAGUGGAAGGAGAUGAAGGAGCUAGAUGACUUCCAACUUCCCAGAUUACCAGAGACGACCGAGAGGUAUCUGCGUGACGCCAGGAAGGCUCUUGUCAAAGGAGAGCAUGUCGCGUCAGCGCCUGUCCCGAAGGAAGACCGGUAUUCGUGUGAGCUGGUGCUGAGAUCUUUUCUGUCAUGCUGUACAUCACAAAGCCGUGUUCAUUUGGCAACAAAGAUCUGUCAGAGUCGUUUUAGUGCAGGGAAGCAUGGCCGAUCAUGAAGGGCAUGUUGUCGGAUGUGGACGGGCUGACAAUGAUUGAUGGAGAAAAGGCGGGCCUGGAGUCGGGGAAGAGGAGGGACAUAGUGCGCAAGGUCGACGUGGAGACCCCCACACCGCGUGAACAGAGUGGACGGACGCUGGAUCUGGUAGCCAGAGACACAACCAACAAGCGCGACUGGUUUGUAGUAGAGAAUCUCAAGGAGUGGGAUGAGAUGUCGACCAAGUUCUUGCGCGAAGUUGAUGUGACGCUGUUCAAAGACCUCCACCUCAUCGCAUCCCACCGGCUACGGGAACAGC